CAUAUCAAAUUACGCUGGCGAAUACUAUGAAGCAAUCAACGUAUUUUUGUAUUCUCGUUGUUCCGUUCGUUGCGCUGAUGCCGUACUGUACUAUAUCAACAAGUGAAGAACCACGCCCACUCGACGCCUCAAAAGUUAUUAUUUAUCCUACAGCUACUGGAGAAGCUUGCUCUAAGAAAAAGGAAGGAAUAACUGUCUACAGCUCUCGCAAUAUUACAAUAUCAUCUGAUAAACCAAAAAAAAUAGCUUUUCGAAUUCCUAAGAAUUGGAAACCAGGAGAAUACAUAUGCAAUUGGAACAUCAAUAUAGUACGUGGAUCAGAAGAUAAGGAACGUGGACCAAAACGCCAAGUCCGAUUGUAUUUUCGCCGAGUAUUCAUAGGAAACAGAGAUGAAAAUAAAUUUUUCUCACCAUGUGAUGACGAAUUAACAAUUAAAACUGAAUUCAAUUACGCUCUGCUACCUGAUAACGAUUUAUGUGGACUUGAUAACGGAUGGGGAAGAAAAACUGGCAGCGAAAAUGCAACCAUGUCUCUAAAAGUUUUUGUCAAAGAAAAUGAGAAUGAAAAUAAAACAAGAACAUCGUUUGUUGCUUUUGCUUACUCGAUACCAAAUUAUAAUCGACCUAUGCAUUUUCUGGUAAGGGAUAUUAUACAAAGGCCAGGGCAAAACAAAUAUGUACUGGGGGCCAAUUUUACGUGGGAAGAAGCCCGUAGUUUUUGCAUGGAUUAUGCUGAAGGAUGGGAUCUUUGUAAAAGAGAAUUUGUUUGUGAAUCUACUCAAGAAUAUUAUCUCAAAAAUUUAGAUAUGCAGUACUUUCCUGUAGUUGAUGAUCAUAACUAUUGGGAAGAACUGCAACCGAAGAACUGCCACAACAACAUACACUAUUGGUAUGGGCCACCCGUGUGGGGAUUGGAUAAACGAGAGUGCCCAAAGGAAGGAUGUGAAGCAAAAGCGCACAUUUUUUGUUGUCCUUACAAGAAACCAAUAAAGUACAAUUCGCCGAGGAAGCAAAGAAUUUUUGUGAAGUCAUAUAUUGAUGAAUCGCAAAAUUAUUACUAUAGGUUUACUGAUGCUCCGGAUAUAUAUGAGUACGAAUAUGACGAUAAAAACUGGGAAGCAGAUUGGAAAACUACUGGACGACUUUCUGGAGAUGUCGUGAUGUUUGAACUUUUUAGUCAAUACUCCGAAAAAGCCUCUGUUCCACUGUAUUUCUGUUCCAAGUAUGAAGACGGAUCUAACUUGCGAAGCUAUAGAUACUUGAUUUCUAGGGUGCCAUGUAAAAGUCCUUGGGAACACAAAUUUCAUGCCUACACGAGUUUAACACCACAAGAUGGCUUCAAACGUUUGUACUUUGGGCAAUCAAACAGAGAUGGCGGAACUCGAGUUUCCUUAACACCAUUUUGUUGUGGGUUUAACAAAACUGAAGGAAGCUUUGAAGCAUAUGGAAUGGUUCGAAAAAAAUGGAUUGCCAAUGUGCCGUCGGAAAAAUGUCUCGAUCAGAAUAUACACUCGGGACUUUCGGGCGUGAUAAAGUCCCCAAUGUAUCCAAAACACUAUGAUUUUCAUACUACGUGCAACUGGAGGAUCCGCGUCUCGCAUGGAAGUCGUGUUUUGUUGCAGUUUUCACAGAUGGAACUUCCAGAAUUUGAUAAAAUGUGUUGGACCACUUACUUGGAGAUCACUGAUUCAAAAAGGAGUUACGGCAAAGUAUGUGCAAACAGUCUGCCAGAAGAAUUCAUUAGCUAUUCAAACGAGUUGAAUGUUCAUUUAGUGAGUGAAAAGGGCAAAGGACGCUUCAUUUUUAAUUACACAGAAGUAUCUUCCCAAAAAUCAGAACCUUUGAGAUUGGAGCUUCCAAGCAAUGAAGCAACUUGGUCAGCAGCAAAAAUGUUGUGUGAAUCAAAUAAAAAGUCGUUAUGCAGGAAAAGGGAUCUGUGUCCUUAUGGCAUGCCCUUCGGAGGAGAAGCCUCGAAUACGACUUGGGUGGCUGUUUCUGAUGAAUACAACGAGUGGAUGAAACUGGGUCCGUAUGACGUUUGUAAAUCAUACGUGAAAACCUACGGUCCGCCUGGAUGGGGUGAAAAAGUCAUAGAGGACUGUGAACCGUUGUAUUAUGAUGGCGAAACGGACGAAUGUCUCCUUAGUCGCAAAGUUGUAUUUUGUUGCGAUCGACCAGAGGGUGAAUCAGAGGAAGAUUUGCUCGAAUCGGUUCGUGUGAAUGUCGGGUAUGCAAAAUGGCAGGAUAAUCUUGUUUACUUUUUUCAAAGAGGCAACGUUUGGGAAUCUCCAGAAUACCUGGCUAGAGUGGGUGAUGGAUAUGAUUACUAUCACGACUGGGAUUACUAUGGUGAAAGAGAAAAGGUGUACCCUUAUAAGCUUAUCAGUGAAAAUACAAACGCAAGACCAGGCACAGUCGAUUACUUCAUCAUGUCAGCCAAUUACGAAGAAACCUAUUUUAACCAGGUUAUUUAUUUCUGCUGGAAAGAGGGAUCAAUACACAGCGAAAUAAGAAGGAUUUACAAAAUGAGUAUGAAUAGUUGUGAAGCAGAAGACGACUGGAAAUUCGACUUCUUUUUGUACGCAGGCCGCAAUAAAUCAGAGAAGACACCGACUGCUUUACACAUAGGCCUAACAAACUCAACGACUGGCUCCUUUUGCUGUGAAAAUAAUGCACACAAUUUUACCAUUUUUGUUAUUUCUUCCUCAAAUGCUUAAAACUGGAAUAUUUUUGAUAUUAUUUACUUUACGAUUGAGAAAACGUUUUAGGCCAUACUUAUGCAGAAUGAUUAUACAAAUAAUUAAUUAUUCGAUUAUCAUAUCAAUUCUGAAGUGUAAUAAAAAUUACAUUAUA